AUGCAGUACUUCAAGAUCGCCUCUCUCCUGGCUGCGGCCAUCGCCUCUGUCCAGGCCACCAACAUCGUCACCCUCAAGUCCCUGGACGACGUUGACCGCACGGUCUACUUCACCCCCAGCGCCGGCCACGCCGAGAUCGCCGCGGUCCAGGUCGCCGCGGGCCAGUCGGUCGACGUCGAGAUCCCCUUCCAGUGGAUCGGCAACUGGCACGGCGUGCAGAAGGGCCAGGCCAACGUGCCCGGCAUGCUCGGCGAGGUCACCUUUGACGGCUGGGGCGGCAAGAACUACUUUGACGUGUCGGCCAUCGUCAACCCCAACGACAAGGACAACGUCUCGGAGAUGUACCCGGCCGGCCAGCCCAACACGCCCACCUCGGGCUGCAAGAACUUCCCCUGCGACAACGCCUACUACGUCUGGGACGACGUCCAGACCCGCGUCACCACCCAGAGCCACCUCAUCUGCACCCUGCACAAGAACGGCUACGCCAAGCGCGACGCCGACGAGGUCUCGGAGGAGAAGCUCUCCCGCGACUUCGUCCUGGGCAAGAAAUAA